CUUGCUUUAGACCCAUAUUAGAACCGAGUAGUAUCCUGUUUAUACCAGCGUCUUUCUUCCCUUCUUCUCUCAAUCAAAACUUACAAAAAAAAAAAACAAUUGCCAAAUCUAAGGACAAAAUCAGGUCAUCCAUGGAUUCAACACCUCCUUCUCAUCGUUCUGACCCUCGAAUCGGAACCAAAUCGGCCUCUCGGCUUUCUCGAAUCCGCCAUCUUAUUGAAGUAAGUGAAGGAACCCCUCCUCUCUCUCUUGAUGUGGUCCCUUCUUCACCAAAAAUGGCCAUAUUUUCACCCUCUUCUACUGUCUCUCCAAAACCUCACAAUGCUCUUCCUCUUCACGAGCUUUUGCUCCUUUCGCCUUCUCCUCUCAGAAGAUCAAAGACCCGUCUCUCGGAGAGGGUUGAAAUGGCUGAAGAGGCCGUUGAGCCAAAUGGGGCACGUAAGAAAUGCAAGAACAGAAAUGCUGCAAUGGGUUUGGUGGGUUGUGCUUCUCCGAGGAAUGGUCGGAGAUCGAGGAAAAAGUUGGAGCAUGAGAUAAGGGAAGAGAAGGAUUUGGGAAUGGUGGAAGAGAUGGGUAAGGCUAGGAAAAGAAGGCAUAGUGGUCGGUCCAAGAAGGAAAAACUGAGCUUGGUACUUUCAAUUCCAUCUCCAACACAAGAUGGUUAUGAGUAUAAUCUUGACCAAAUGGGGCAGCUGAUAACUGAUCUGAUUAUGUGGAAAGAUGUUGCAAAAUCAAGCCUUUGGUUUGGUUUUGGGUCACUCUGUUUCCUAUCUUCUUGUUUUGCCAAAGGAGUUAAUUUUAGCAUUUUCUCAGCGAUUUCUCAGUUGGGACUCCUUUUUUUGGGUGUGUCAUUCUUCUCAAAUUCAAUCCGUCAAAGGAAUAACAUUGAAAACAAGCGUGAUUUUAAGUUGAAAGAAGAUGACAUCUUGAGAGGUGCUAGAGUCAUACUUCCAGCCGCAAAUCUUGCAAUUUCAAAGACAAGAGACUUGUUUUCAGGGGAACCAACAAGGACCCUUAAAGUAGCACCAUUCCUGCUUCUAGGAGCUGAGUAUGGCCAUCUCAUAACCCUGUGGAGGCUUUGUGCAUUUGGAUUUUUUAUCAGCUUUACUGGCCCAAAAUUAUACUCCUGCUACUGUGAUCUGAUAGAAAACAAAGUCGAGUGUUUGAAAUGGCGGGUGCUGGAAGCAUGGGGAGCUUGCUCUCACAAGAAGAUUGUGGCAGCAUCAGCAGUCACAGCCCUUUGGAAUCUAACUGCCAUCAAAACUCGUAUUUUUGCGGCAUUCAUAUCUAUUGUAAUAAUUCGAUACUAUCGACAACACUCAGAAUCAAAAGUUGAAGAAGAGGUAGCAGAAAAGGGUGAAGAAGAAGAGCAGCAACAACAGCAAGCACUGGUUGCGGUAGAGAGUGGAUCCCAAAAGUAAUAGUCAUCAUCUUCUACUCAUUGUAGACCACAUUGCCCUGUUCCUUUCCCCAAAUGGUUGAGUUGAGGCAAUAAUGACAGUAAUUAGCCUACUGAAAAAUGACUCCUCCAUAUCCAAAUAAGAAAACUUGUGUUUCUGUUAUUAUUACUUGUAUGAAUAAGCAAUGAACUGAAAUAUCAUUCAGUUACUUGUUAU